UACCGAAUGUGUUUGAUCUCUACACUAAGGGAGAGUUAUCAAAGCAGGCGAACAGACGCGCGCAUUCCCGAGAGGUGGCCCCUCAGUAGCCUUCCCAAGCAUGGCUAUAGCCACAGCUGUGUCUCUCCUUGUCACCUGCAGCCUGCUUUCUGCUGCGGUCAGAAGCGACAGCAUAAACUUCUACAAUAUCAGGCCUCCGCAGGGUGCGACUCCAUAUCCCAGAAGCUUCAAGUGCUUCACGUGCGAGCAGGCCUCGGACAACUACAGCUGCAAUCGCUGGGCUGAAGACAAGUGGUGUCCACAGAAUACAAAGUACUGUAUGACAAUACACCACUUUGGGCAUCAUGGAAAAACCAAGUUUGUGAGUAAAAGGUGUGCAACGUUGGAGGACUGCAAUACAUCAGGCUGCCGGCAUCACGGAAACACACAUCACACAGAGUGUGUUUCAUGCUGUGAAGGUAUGGCGUGUAAUGUCGAGCUCCCCACUAAUCACACCAACGCGGUGUUUGUGUGGAGUCAGGCCUACGGCUCUGCUGCUCUGGGUGGUGGCAGAUGGAAUUAUAUGCUCCUCAUCGUUUCAGGUCUCACAGCACUAUUAGUCUUAUGCCAGUGACCGUAAGGACCUGCACAUACUACACCUAGUGAAGUGGGGCUUCUAGCCCCUUGCAGAGGGUCCUUACCAUGGACAGAGCUCCCAGGUUGGUAUAAAGGCAGUGCUGACAGUGGAGAGCUUGUCAAGCUGCUCAUGAGGACAAACUCUGUCAAGGAGACAGCAGAAUCGUCAUGCGGCUUUGGGUCGGACCAAUAGCGGCAGCUGGUGGGAAAAGAGAGGCGGUCUCACUGACCUGACAGUUCUGAAAAUGGACGCUGGGGUCCAAACCAAGAAAUCAAUGAGACUUUGUCAGUGGAAUGGCGAACUUUGCCAAUGACAACUCCUUGCCAAUGACAAGCUAAACAGAACAGAAGAAAGGAAGCGAAUUAUUUAGCUGUGAGGGGAGUGAUUCCCCUCAGUAAUGCUUCAUUGGGUUUGUAUCAGCCAUACUGAAGCCCACAUCCUGGACUAAGGGUUCCUGGGAGGAUGAAAUGGCGUCAUCUAUGCCCAGAGCCCCAAACAGUCCAAGCACUACAGCACGAAGACACUGAGCAUGUCAUCAUAGCUUUAGAAGCAAUGCAGCCAGAAGAGACCGGGUGUGAGGGGUGUGGAAGGAGUUGGGCAGCUUCACAUACUGACUGAAAGCAGCCUCUCUGUCUAUAUGUCAAUAGAUGUUUUUAGCAUUUAUUGAUAACAGUCUACUUCAAAGGUACAACAGAAAUAAUCAAGUUAGAUUGAUAUUUAACUUUCAUUGUGCACUGAAUGUCUGCAUUUUUUUUUUACCAGUAAUA